AUGAUCAAGCGCGCAGAGGCUAUUCGGAAAGCCAUGGCAGCUCUGCACCGUGCUGCCGCUGCCCGUCAGAGCUUCCUGCAGAGCGAGGUCCUCGUGUGGAGAGAGGCUGACGGCUGGACCGGCCCGUGGAUCGUUAUCGGCAAUAACGGCCACGAAAUAACAAUCAAUCAUGUCAAUGGCCCCUCAUCACAACCCCACGACGACUCGCAGCCAAAUCCCCGACGAGUCGACCCCAAUGCACCCCUAACCCCGAUCAAGAUGAUGCCCUGCCCUGUGCUCCUACCUGAACAACGCCGACGAGGACGCCCCAAAGGCUCCAAGAACAAGCCCAAGACCGGCGUAGCCAACCUGUCAAAGAAGGAAGUUAAUCACUAUGAUCACGCUUCCGAUACCCAAGAGAUUAACAACCUAAUCGCACAGGGUGUGUUUGAGUUCAUUCGUUUCGACCCCGUGGCCCACAAAGGCCAAAGACUCUUUAAGGCACGCAUGGUCCGCGAAGUUAAAGGACUCGGACCAACCACAAGGCCCUACGAGAAAUCCCGUCUCUCCAAAACCCCCCUGAAUCCAGAGUCAGGUCUCCAUUGGUUCGUGACAUAUUAUAGGCAUCAUCCCGCCGGCUUCGGCAUGGUCGCUAUGCAGACGGAUGACACCCUCCUCCUCGCCUCCCCUGAGUUCGCGGCCGCAGAAGAAAGAGAGAUCCAGAAGGCUAAGCUCCGCUCGAAACCAAGGAGCCAUAUCGGCCGCGACUCCCCUCGAAAGGGCCAAGGCCAGAAGUUAGCCACCAUCUUUCUCUCCUCCACGGAUCGCGCGCAGCAAUACGCCCAACAGCGCGCGCGCGGAGCAUAUAUCGCAUCAAUCUGCCAGCCCGAGGCCACGUUCGACUACUCAGUCGCAGCACAAGUGCAGCAGCCGGAAGCCCCGGACUACAAGACCCUGAACAAGCGGAUACAAUGGCAGACCGACAACCUGCAACGAGGACUCCGCUAUGUUCCCUUGGCCUUUUCGACUGCGAAGCUAAUGGUAUUCACGGACGGUUCGUUCGCGAACAACAAAGACCUAAGCUCACAACUGGGCUUUGUUAUUGUGCUCGCCAACGAGGAACAGAGCCCUGCUGAUUUCACGAUCAGAGGCAAUGUCCUGCACUGGUCAUCUACGAAGAGCAAGCGAGUGACCCGGAGCGUGCUAGCCUCGGAGAUCUACGGCAUGGUCAACGGAUUCGAUAUGGCCAUUGUCAUCGCGACCACCCUGCAGGCUAUUGUCAAGCAGCUGGACCUACCCCCGACUCCCCUCAUUGUCUGCACCGACUCAUACUCGCUAUACGAAUGCCUCGUAAAGCUCGGGACCACGAAAGAGAAGCGACUCAUGAUUGAUAUCAUGGCGCUAAGGCAGUCCUACGAGCAGCGCGAGAUGGCAGAGAUCCGUUGGAUCAAUGGGGAUGACAACCCGGCUGAUGCGAUGACCAAGCAGCACCCAACCGUGCUUUGGAACGGUUGA